AUGGAUUCUUCCAAAACUGAUUGCAUUGAUGAAAUUUGCUGUAUCAAUGGACUUUUAAUAUAUAAAAGUUUUUCUGAAAACUGGGAUAUUAUGGAGGCAUUCCAAGCAAAAGCAGAUGAUAUCAUUAUUGUCACCUAUCCCAAAUCUGGCACAACCUGGAUUAGUGAAAUUGUGGACAUGAUCUGUAAGGAUGGUAAUGUAGAAAAGUGCAAAGAAGAUGUGAUUUUUAAUCGAGUACCUUUCUUGAAAUGCAAGAAGGAAGGUGUCUUAGAUGGUAAUGUUCAAAUGAUCUAUCUUUGCCAGAAUGCCAAGGAUGUGGCUGUUUCUUCUUAUUAUUUACAUGUAAUGAUACCUGUUCCUCCAAAACCUGGUUCAUUUAUAGAGUUUGUGGAGAAAUUCAUGGAUGGUGAUGUUCCUUAUUGUUACUGGUACAAACAUGUAAAAUCUUAGUGGGAAAAGAACAGCCCUCGUGUGUUAUUUCUUGCCUAUGAAGACAUGCAAGAGGAUAUCAGAAAAGAAGUGAUAAAAUUGAUUAAUUUCCUGGGAUGGAAGCCAUCAGAGGAGUUUGUGGAAAAGAUUGUGCACCCUAUUUCAUUUGAAGAGAUGAAGAAUAAUCCAAGUACCAAUUACACAGCACUGCCAGAAGAAUAUAUGAACCAUAAAGUGUCCCCCUUCAUGAGAAAAGGGAGUGUAGGAAACUGGAAGAAUCACUGUACAGUAGCUCGGAAUGAAAGAUUUGAUGUGCACAAUGAGCAAGAAAUGAAAAGGUCGACUCUGAAAUUAAAAACCACACUCUAG